AUGCAGAUGCUCUAACUAUCCACCCGGAUCGUCCAGCUGCUUUUCUCUUGGAAGAGUCUUCCUCUAGAACGGCAGCUAUAGAUAUUAUUGCUCCUCGAGGCAGGUCAACUCCCUUCCGUCUUGGCUUGCUGUCGAAGGGUAGGGCUGUGAGAAGACACUGUCACAACCGAAUUCUGCCAUCAGCAUAGCUAUUACUCCUGGGUCGGGUAAAGCUGCCGACUCACUAUCGGGAACUAUGUCCUCCCAUCCAUCUCAGCAAAAAGGACUGUUACCUCCAGCCUCCCCGGCCUAUGUGCUCCGUGGACAUGCGGCGCCAAUCCACGCGCUGAACUUCUUCGCUCAUAAUGCGCACCUACUCUCCGGGGACGCAGAUGGUUGGGUGAUCAUUUGGAGUUUGGUGACCAAAAGACCCAUUGGAGUUUGGAAAGCGCAUGAGGGCGCGAUCCUAGAAGCCAAGGGAUUCUACUAUGAAGAAAGCGGAGAGAUGGAGAUAUUCACACAUGGCCGCGAUCACAAACUGCGUGUAUGGAAGACGACUGCCGAAGAUGAGAAGCUACUUGACAAGGCUCUUCCCGUAGAUCUCAAGCAAGGAUCCCAACCGGGAACUGGGCCAAAGCCAUGGCUUCUUCAUUCGUUGGCUGUCAACGCGCUGAACUUCUGCGCUUUUGCCCUCUGCCCGUUGCCAAAAUACCCCAAGGACAAACAGGCAAUAAUCUCCAGUUCAGCCGAGACGGCCAGUUACCAGGAGAACAGCAAGGAGAUUCCCCCACAACGUACCCCCCAAGGACCAUUGUUGAUCGCGGUUCCCAAUGCCCUUAACUCCGGGAACAUUGACGUCUUCCACCUCCCGUCGGAGCACCGUGUCUCCACGAUUACUGGGGACAACACAAAGGAAACCGGAAUGGUCAUGGCGGUCAAUCUUUACUUUGCGCUAAAUCAAGAUCUCUAUGUGAUAUCCGCCUACGAAGAUGGCCAAGCGAUGGUCCAUGUCCGUCGAGAUCCUGCAGAGCCCGGUGGCUACGAUGGUCAUGUCCCCUCCACUCCAUGGAAAUGGCAGAAGAUUUACGCAAGCCGCGCACACUCACAGCCUAUCCUCUCCCUCGACGUGUCCCCCGCCAGAGACUUCUUUGUCACCUCCGGUGCGGAUCCCUUCGUCGUAAAGCAUCCGAUCCCGACAGCAGUACCAACGCAUCUGACCGGGAACGAUAUGGCCCCUAUCAAGGUGGUAAAUGAUCGCCACGCUGGCAAACAGGGCCUGAAGAUCCGGUCCGAUGGGAAACUAUUCGCGACAGCAGGCUGGGAUGCACGAGUGCGGGUAUAUACUUGCAAGAGUAUGAAGGAGAUGGCGUGUCUGAAGUGGCAUAAAGAAGGCUGUUUCGUGGUUGCAUGGGCAAAUAUCUAUUCUGAUGCGUCGAGCUUCAGCUCGCAAGCAGAGGCUAUAGACAACGCGGCUGGAGAGCCCACUUCAGGCCACUACGACGUUAUUCAAGAACAAGGCAACCGCUCGUUGUCGGCGAUUCGGACGCAGAGAUUACAAAAAGCACAGCUGACACACUGGCUGGCAGCAGGUUCAAAGGAUGGAAAAAUCUCAUUAUGGGAUAUCUAUUGAGAAAUGAUCGUCUCAUGACGUACCAAAAUAACACAUUUACUGACAUGAUCUAAGAGAAUAAAGGAAAGAGAACAAAGGAGAAGAAAACUAUGCAAGAUUGAACUCACUGGCGCCUCCCAUGUGCUCCCUCAUCUUAGCCCUCAUCUU